ACGGACACGUCAAUUGUUCAGAACAGCUGAGCCACCACACUGCGCCAUCUCCAGAUCUCAUACACAAAUGAAUUUUCAGAUAAAUCUCACAUCAUAUGUAGCCUAGCACGAACUUCUUGUUUGUCGUAUUCUGCUAGUUCUAGCAACAUGGCCGGCGAAAAGGUAGCUUCAAGUUCCCGUAAUGUCAAAAAUAACGAAAGUACUAAUGCUAGUGAUCAUUCCCCGUUGAAUAUAGACAUUGAAGAUGAUUUUCUAGAGGCGAUCGAGCAUGUACCGUGCCCAGAAUUUCAAUUCGCCACAACAACUUGCUAUAUUUGCAACGGCUAUUAUGGACCCUGUUUUGAAGAACCAGUUUGUGCAACAUGCCAUGCAUUUUUAUUCCCUGAUGAUGUUGGGUUACUUCCAGUACCUAUCUUUAGUGAGAAAACUGAUGAUGAAGAUUCUGGCAAUGACGAACCAACAGAUCUUUUUUAUAAUCCUGAACGUAGGACGAGUCAACAGCAACAAAACUCUCCACAAAAUGUGAAUCCAGUUGUUCAAAACCAACAGGGUCCUGUGAUUCCAAAUUUGAGGUCAAAUCAAACUCCAUAUUUACCAUUUCAAAAUGCACCAAACGCAAGGUGUAAUCAUCCAAAUCCCAUGGGUGGCUGUAGCCCAGUAGUUAAUAAUAGAGUGCCGUUGAAUAAUUCUAUGCCACAGAACAAUCCUGGUGAUCAGAACGUGCAACACAAUCGUCCCAUACCACAAAAUAAUGUAAGCAAUGAUCAAGCUCAGUGUCAACAUCCUGUUAAUGUCAAUCCACCAAACAUAUUAAAUCAUCCUAGAAACAUGGCUCUGCCAAACCAAAAUAUUCAAAUUCCCAAUAAUCAUGGCGAAGAUCCUGCUGCAGAUGAUUUCCCUAGUCCAGAAGAUCUGGCUCCACCUGGAGAAGUUGAGAAUUUCGGAAGUGCUGUACACAAUAGACUGUUCAGGUGGAAUUUUCGGAUACACGGAGACUUCAGCGAGCCCUCAAGACCUCCCAAUUUAUCUGAAAGACUAGAACUCCUAUCGGAUCAUAAGCAUCUUGAGCAUGAAAGAAUAAACGAACCAGGCCUCGUAGAAAGGUUACCCCCUGAAGUUCUUUUUGCCGUAUUCUCUCAUCUUGAUGAUAUGAGUUUGUGGUCAGCUGGAAAAGUCUGCAGAAGAUGGUGUGGAUUAUUAUCAACACAUGUGACACCUCACCAAUGGCAACAGUAUGUCAAACUACGUUGGCCUUUGUAUAGACCGAUCGGGCACGUUGGCAAUUGGUAUCGAGUUUAUGAUCACUUGGCAUCUUCCGCUCCAUGUAGAGCUUGCUUGGUUCAAACCUCUCUUAGAACAAGACCACGUAUGGAAGAAAAUUCUUGGCGUAGAAACAGACUGCGAAGCGAGCUCAAAAGCUUGAGGAUAGAUCCUCCAGAGGGAAUCGAAGCAACACCUUUAGAUCAAAUGUGUUGUCAUUGGCAAGCAACUAUUACUGGACCUGUUGGAAGCCCUUACGAAGGAGGACUUUUCUAUUUAUACCUACUAGUACCUUACAGUUAUCCUAUGUGCCCUCCAGUCGUAAGAUUUCUUACAAAGAUUCUGCAUCCGAAUGUCUCGCGGCAUGGAGAUGUCGGUAUAGAUUCUAUUCAUCACAAUUGGUCCCUUGCUCUGACAAUAUCAAAGGUCCUCAUUAGUGUCCAGAGCCUGCUUACCGAUCCUUAUUGCGAGGUAUGCAUGGAGCCAGAGUUAGGGGAUAUGUAUUUGAAUGAUCGGGAGAAAUUCGAAGAAGUGGCAAGAGCCUGGACUUGGAGAUACGCGAUGCACGAUGUGUUGACGCCGUCAUAAUCAGAUGAGUAAAGUAUAUCUGUAUCUCGUAUAAAUUACAGAAGCAAAACGAUGUGUAUGAUGCGCUACGUAUUUGACUCCAGACAUGGCUCUUAGUGGCCUGGCACAAGUUAAUAUAAUCUCAUUUCAGAGUAUGGUCGAUAUUUUUCAUGAUUUAUGAAAAGAUUAAUUAUUUUUGUUCAUCAAGCUAUACCGGUUUUGCAAAAUACCUUAAGAUCUUUUGGGAUGUAUUUACGAAAAUAUUCACGUUUCUUUCUUCUCCUCAUCGUUUCGAACAUACCAAAAUUUAUUGUACCAAUGUUCUUAACAGAAACAUGAUCAAUUGAAUUUUUUUAUUGCAAGUAAAAUCUUCCUGUGUAAUCGAUAUCAUACAGUCGUGUGCUUAUUGAGCACACGGCUGGACUUGUUACUAGACUGUCUUAUUAGUCUAUAAAAAUGUUAUAUGAUCACAGAUCAUCAAAAUAUACAGGGUCGUUGCGUACGAUAUAUUAACAACUAAUAUAGCUAUUACCAAUUAUUCCUGAAACUUAUUUUCUCACGCGGGAACGAUGCGCACGUGCAAUAACAUACCCGAAAGUAUUUUCUUCGAUAACGCCAGUAUGACCCGGUUCGAAUGUCGUGGUGAAAUGUUAUAUUUUCUAACACCAAUACCGCAUCCAUGUUAUAUUAUCCUCAAAGUUAUGUCUCUGCAAACUAUGAGUUCGUGCAUUGAAAGUUUUUUCCUCUUCAAAAAACUGUAACAAACCGAAGUGUGAUAGUAUUUUGUAAGUAAUUUGGAUCUAUUAGUUGCUCAUGAUAUAAUGAUUCUAAUAAAAUUGUCCAUUACUCGACAAA